AUGAACCAACAUGUCAGAGUCCCCAAGGAGCCUCAGACUGCUGGCCCCCUAUCUGCUGUUGCCAACCGCUUCCAUCUCUGGGCCCUAGGCUUCUCCUCUAAUGAGCGUCACUUAGCCAGUCGCCUCAAGAGCAACAGUUUUUACCCCUUCCAGCAGCAGCAGCCAGAUGUCUUUGUGCUCGAGUACUACCUGGACACGCUCUGGAAGGGGACACUGCUCUUUAUCUUCUGCUUUGUUCUGAUCGCCUUUGACAUCUUGACGGAGGUGGAGGAGCAGUCGACCUGGUGCUUUCCAGCCUAUGGCAUGGCUAUAGGUCUGUGGCUGGCGGUCUCCUCAUUGCCCCGGCGCCGCCUAGUGCUGAACCACACGCGUGGCAUGUACCACUUCUCCAUCAGUGGCCGAACUGUAUGUCAGGGGCCAAUGCAUCUGGUCUAUGUGCGCCUGGCACUCAGCUCUGAUGGUGAUGCCUGGGAUAGGAGAGGGACAGAGGGAGAGGGGCAAGGAUUCAGAGCUGGGAGGGGCCAACAGUCCCAUCUGGGCACUCCCCCCUUCAAGGCCCCGCCCCUACCAUCCUACCCCCUAGGCUGCAGGAGGUUGGGUUUCCUCCCCUCCCUUGCUCAGUUGCUCAUCUGUUUGGCAGCCUAUGGACGGUGCUUCUUCCAGCUGGUCCUCUGUGGCCAAAGCCUAGAGCCACUUGUGCUGGUGCAGCUGUCAGACCGCUAUGAGCAAAUGGAAUUCCUGGGCCGGCACAUUGCCAGGAAACUCAACAUCAACUACUUUGACUACCUGACCUCCUCCUACCGUCACAUGGUCCGCCACUGGCCACUGGCGGCUACCUUUAGCCCUGGCAUUGUGCAGCGAAAAGCACAAGUCUACACUAAGCCAAGCGUCAGCGACCUGGAUGUGUAACCCUGGAGCCUGAACCCCAUCCUCUUUUUUACUACACUGUCCCUUACCCCUAUCCUGGAGGGACUGCCAGCCAGCCCCACCUUCUGGCCUUCCUCUUAAACUAAAGCUACUUCAGCCUCCAGCCAGGAGGUUUUCUGUCUGUCUGUUUUGGAGAGGGCUUCCUUUCAGGGUCUUCCUCUAGCAUGGACCUUCCAGGGCCUGGGGAUCCCAUGCUUUCCAGCUGCUGGAGCAAAUCCCAGAGUUUGGGUUGGAGGAAGAGGGGAGAUGUAACCAGCCCUCUGAGAGCCUGAAGUCAUCCCCAGGCUCAGUCCUUCCUGGCCCUCGUAGCCAGCAAUGGUAAAUUGGUGCUAACCAGUGAAACCCAGGAACUAGAAUAUGGUUGGUCUGUCUGACUUAGGAAC